ACUACUAUACAUAACCACAUUUGUCUGUACCGUUGCUUUAUUUUGUAAACGAAAAAUUACAAAUGUAUCUCUUAAGUUCUAUUUGAAAUGAAUUCAGUUCGCAAUUUCAUACGAUUCUCUAACAGAAAUAUAUAUCGAAAAGGAUUCCAUGAUUUGAGAACCUGUUGGUAUGGAAACCAUUAUUCUACAGACGAAACUAGUAAAUUAAAUAUUGACUAUGCAGACAUUCCCAUAGAAAGAAUACGAAAUUUUAGCAUAAUCGCACACGUAGAUCAUGGAAAAAGUACUUUGGCGGAUCGAGUUCUGGAAACCACUGGUGCAAUUAAACCGAGCUCUGGAAAUGCGCAAGUUUUAGAUAAACUGCAGGUCGAAAGAGAGAGAGGAAUUACUGUGAAAGCUCAAAGCGCCUCAUUAUUAUACAAUUAUAAUGGCUCGGACUAUUUACUAAAUUUAAUUGACACACCAGGUCAUGUGGAUUUUUCUAAUGAGGUUUCACGGUCGCUGUCUGCAUGUCAAGGUGUCAUUUUAUUAGUUGACGCGAACGAUGGCGUUCAAGCUCAAACAGUGGCAAACUUUUAUCUCGCUUUCGGAAAUGAUUUGAUUAUAAUUCCAGUUUUGAAUAAAAUCGAUUUGAAGAAUGCAGACCCAGAUAGAGUGGCAAAACAGUUAGAAACAUUGUUUGACAUUGACCCAAAAGAAGUUCUAAAGAUCUCAGCGAAAUUAGGCACUGGCAUACAUGAAGUACUAGAAGCUGUUAUUAAAAGGCUACCACCCCCACACGUGGAAAGGGACUCAUCCUUCAAAGCUCUACUCUUCGACAGUUGGUACGACCGGUAUCGUGGCGUACAAUCCUUAGUUUAUGUCCAAAAUGGACAAAUAAAUGUGGGAGAUAAUGUCACUUAUUACCACACAAAUAAAAAUUACGAGGUUAAAAUGUUAUCAAUAUUAAAACCCGAGGAGGUGUUCGUUAAGAAAUUAGUUGCAGGACAAAUCGGGGUAAUAUGUUGCAAUAUGCGUUCCAGUAAAGAAGCGCACAUAGGUGAUACCGUACAUAAGACUGGCACACCUGUAGAGCCCUUAAAAGGAUUUAAACCUGUCAAACCAAUGGUGUUUGCAGGUAUAUAUCCUGUGGACCAAUCGCAGCACGUUAAUUUGAGAAGUGCAAUAGAAAAACUGGCUUUAAAUGAUUCUGCUGUUAGCAUUUCCAUUGACACAAGUCCUGCUUUAGGUCAAGGUUGGCGACUAGGCUUCCUGGGACUGCUACAUCUCGAAGUCUUCACGCAAAGAUUACAACAAGAGUACGACGCCGAAACCAUUUUAACCGCACCAUCUGUAACCUACAAAGUAAAAUUAAAGGAAACGAAACAAACUUUGAAAGCGGGUAACUCGGAAAUGUACAUUACGAAUCCGAUUCAUUUUCCGGAUCAUCUAACGGUUGAAGAAUAUUAUGAGCCUAUGGUGCUAGGCACAAUUAUUACACCUGACCGAUAUUUGGGUGCGGUUUUGACAUUGUGUUUAGAAAAGAGAGGUGUGCAAAGAAACGCGAGUAAUAUCGAUAAUGAACGGGUGAUGAUGCAAUUUGAUUUACCUUUAUCUGAGAUUGUGAUAGAUUUUCAUGACAGUCUGAAAACGAUUUCCUCUGGGUAUGCCAGUUUUGAUUAUGAGCCAACUGGAUUUGUAUCUACGUACUUAGUGAAGAUGGAAGUCUAUUUGAACGGUGUUGCUGUUGACGAGCUCAGCAGCAUAAUACAUGGUAGUCGAAUUGACACAAUCGGACGACGAACAGUUUUAAAACUUAAGGAAAUCAUUCCCAGGCAGCUCGUCCAAAUUGCUAUUCAGGCCAAAGUGAAUGGGAAGGUUAUCGCUAGGGAGACAUUAAAAGCGUACCGAAAGGAUGUCGCUGCAAAACUUUAUGGCGGCGAUAUUACCAGAAGAAUGAAAUUACUUGCGCAACAAGCUGCCGGAAAGAAAAAAAUGAAAAUGGUUGCCAAUAUCUCUCUACCACGAGAGACCUUUAUUGAUGUACUAAAGAAAUAAUAAAUUGAUUUUACUUUUUCAUGA